UUUUCUAAAAGAAAAAAGUUUUCACUCUUUGGACGAAAAAUAAAUAAAUUGCUUGAUCAGUCAAAAACCCCAGAAAAACCCUAAAACCCUUGAAGCCUCUCUCCUUGUUUGCAAGCGGAAAUGUAUCGAGUGCUAUCAAAGUUAUCUUCUUCAAUUGGUUCGUCUACUUCCAGGAAACUGGUUUCUGGGCGGAUUAUAAGUAGCAGAAACUAUGCGGCCAAGGAUAUCAGUUUUGGGAUCGGUGCUCGGGCAGCUAUGUUGCAGGGUGUAUCCGAGGUUGCAGAAGCUGUGAAAGUCACUAUGGGGCCAAAGGGAAGAAAUGUGAUAAUUGAGAACAGUUACGGUGGACCAAAGAUCACAAAGGAUGGUGUCACCGUGGCAAAAAGCAUAUCAUUCCAAGCAAAAGCUAAGAAUAUUGGUGCAGAGCUCGUGAAACAGGUUGCAAAUGCCACUAACAAGGUUGCUGGAGAUGGUACCACUUGUGCUACUGUUUUGACUCAGGCGAUACUCAUGGAAGGUUGCAAGUCAGUGGCUGCUGGUGUAAAUGUGAUGGAUUUGCGUGUUGGCAUAAAUAUGGCAAUUGCUGCAGUUGUCUCUGAUUUGAAAAGCAGAGCUGUUAUGAUUAGCACCCCGGAAGAGAUUACACAGGUUGCUACUAUAUCUGCAAACGGGGAGCGUGAGAUAGGGGAACUAAUUGCAAGAGCCAUGGAGAAAGUUGGAAAGGAAGGGGUUAUCACCGUUGCUGACGGUAACACUUUAGAUAACGAGCUAGAAGUAGUGGAAGGAAUGAAGCUAGCCAGAGGUUACAUUUCUCCUUAUUUUAUUACGGACGAGAAGACCCAGAAAUGCGAGCUUGAAAAUCCCAUCAUCCUCAUUCAUGAGAAGAAGGUUUCAGACAUGAACUCUUUGUUGAAAGUUCUAGAAGCAGCUGUGCAAAGUAGCAGACCACUUCUUAUUGUUGCAGAAGAUGUCGACAGUGAUGCAUUAGCUAUGCUUAUUCUCAAUAAGCAUCAUGCUGGGCUUAAGGUAUGCGCUAUCAAGGCUCCGGGGUUCGGUGACAACAGGAAAGCAAGCUUGGAUGAUCUUGCGGUUCUUACUGGAGCGGAGGUUAUCUCUGAGGAGCGCGGGCUAUCUCUAGACAAAAUUCGCCCUAAAUUGCUUGGAACUGCGAAGAAAGUUACUAUCACCCGUGAUGACACUAUUCUCCUACAUGGUGGUGGUGAUAAAAAGCUAAUCGAAGAAAGAUGUGAAGAGUUAAGAUCAGCCAAUGAAAAGAGCACUUCCACUUUUGAUAAAGAAAAAACGCAAGAAAGACUCUCAAAGCUAUCAGGUGGUGUUGCAGUCUUCAAGGUUGGAGGGGCAAGUGAAACUGAAGUUGGAGAGAGAAAAGACAGAGUCACUGAUGCUUUAAACGCUACAAGAGCAGCCGUCGAAGAAGGCAUCAUACCGGGUGGUGGUGUGGCUCUAUUAUAUGCUACAAAGGCUUUAGACGACCUUCAAACUCAAAACGAAGAUCAAAGAAGAGGUGUUCAGAUUGUUCAGAAUGCUCUCAAGGCUCCUGUAGUGACAAUAGCUGAAAAUGCUGGUUACGAUGGUUCUUUAGUGGUUGGCAAGUUAUUAGAGCAAGACGAUUGCAAUUUCGGUUUCGAUGCUGCCAAAGGUACAUAUGUGGAUAUGGUGAAAGCUGGAAUCAUAGACCCGGUGAAGGUUAUCAAAACUGCCUUAACCGAUGCUGCUAGUGUUUCUUUGCUUUUGACAACAACAGAAGCCUCAGUGCUUGUUAAGGCAGACGAGGACACUCCAAAGCACGUCCCUGAUAUGGCCAGCAUGGGCAUGUGAUGAUUGACUUCUACACACACACACACACAAAAAAAACAUUCAGAUCUUUCUUUUUAAUGAAUUUUGUUUUCUACUAAGUUAGAAACUUCUUUUCAGUUUUAAUUUGUGGGUCUGAUUCUUUAUAAAUUGUUGCAGAAUUAUAAUGAGUCUUGUGGAAUUCGAAAAAAAAUAUCUCUGUCGUCGUGUGUUACGAAUUCUGAGCUUAAAUAAAGUUUUUACAAA